AUUUUGGAAACAGACCCAAUACUUGUUAGCUAUUGGCGUAUCGCAAACGAAUCGAGCCGAGACGAGCCAAACGUGAAAAUGCGGGGAGAAAUACUCCAUGAAAAUGUCAUCUCUAAGCAAACAUUCACUCUCUUCCUCAUUUUCUCUCUCCUCAUCGUCGCCGCCGAUUCCACCACCAACAAUUCUCAGAUCCAAUGCAGCAAAAGAUGUAUUGCUCUAAAUUGUGAUAAUGUUGGAAUAAAGUAUGGAAAAUACUGUGGAGUAGGGUAUAGUGGAUGUCCAGGCGAGAAUCCUUGCGAUGAUGUUGAUGCUUGCUGUCAAAUUCAUGACGAUUGCGUCGAUAAACAUGGUAUGACAAAUAUAAAAUGCCAUCAAAAGUUCAAGAGAUGCAUCAAGAAAGCACAGAAAUCUGGAAAGGCUGGUUUUUCGAAGGAUUGCCCUUAUGAUGUUGUCGUGCACACCAUGGUACAAGGAAUGGAUAUGGCUAUUCUAAUGAGUCAAUUCGCUUCUCCAAAGCUCGAUCUUUAGCCCAAUUUUUGUUUUGACUUAAGAGCAAAGCCCUUAAAAUAUAUCUGCUGUAAAAAAAAAAACUGAAAAUUUUGUGCUCGCGCAUAGUUUUAACCAUUGUGAAAUUAGAUACAGUAGACGUGAUUGAUGAAAGGUUAUUCUUUGCCAGGACUUAUCAUUGGUGUAACAAAGCUUAAUACAGAGUAUAUGUUUAUUAAGGUUACUGAUCCAUUUUUCAUCUC